UUCCGGUUCAUUCGGUCGUUCGUUUUUAGUGGUGGUCAUGUUUUUACGUCUAUAAUAGCUAUAUUUUUUUUUGCAUGUGACCAAGCGAUAUUUACUGGAAUAAAUAGUCUACGGUGGCAGAUCGAGUUAUUUAUCUCCACAAUGACUGAGGAUGUCCAGAAGCACUCAGUCCACACUCUGGUCUUCAGAUCUCUCAAAAGGACCCAUGACAUGUUUGUGUCCGACCACGCGAAAUCCAUCGCACUGGAUGAAGAAAGCCACAAGGUGAAGGUGGGUGUGAAGCUGAAAGCAGAUUAUAGUGCUGUUUUACACAUGCCCGUCCUGAAAGAAGGGAAAGACAGAGUGUCAGGCAACAUGCAAGGCCACCAGAGCUACACACAGCCAGAUGAUGAGCCAGAAUACCUGAUCACCGGGACGCAUGCUUACCCUUCUGGACCUGGUGUAGCCUUGACCGCUGACACAAAGAUGCACAGGAAUCCCACAGAAGGAGGAGUCCAUUCCAUGGCGCUGGUUUUGCCGCCCUCACAAGCCAGGCUGGACGUGAGCCGCACUGCAGCCAGUGUUAGUGACAUCCAUCGACACGCAGGAGCAGCAGAGAGGUCUCACCCUCCGUCCACUGCUGUGUCUCUAAUGGAAGGAGGCGGUACCAGAAACACUGCGCUCAUGAGGAAAGCACCAACCAUGCCCAAACCCCAGUGGCAUCCACCAUGGAAACUGUUUCGGGUCAUCAGUGGUCACCUGGGCUGGGUGAGGUCCAUCGCUGUGGAGCCUGGCAAUCAGUGGUUUGUCACAGGGUCUGCUGACAGAACUAUAAAGAUCUGGGACCUGGCCAGCGGGAAACUCAAACUGUCUCUGACCGGACACAUUAGUACGGUGCGUGGUGUAGCGGUCAGCAGUCGCAGCCCGUACCUCUUCUCCUGUGGAGAAGACAAGCAAGUCAAGUGUUGGGAUCUGGAGUACAACAAGGUCAUCAGGCACUAUCACGGACACCUGAGUGCUGUGUAUGAUUUAGACCUGCAUCCAACCAUUGACGUGCUGGUAACAUGCAGCAGAGACGCCACAGCGAGGGUGUGGGACAUCAGGACAAAAGCUAAUGUGCACACACUAACAGGACACACCAACACGGUGGCCACGGUGAGAUGCCAAGCUGCUGAGCCCCAAAUCAUCACCGGCAGCCAUGAUUCCACCAUCAGGCUGUGGGAUCUGAUUGGUGGAAAAACCAGAGCCACGCUCACCAACCACAAGAAGUCUGUCCGAACUCUGGCGCUGCACCCCAGACAAUACACGUUUGCUUCUGGUUCUGCUGAUAACAUCAAGCAGUGGAUGUUCCCAGACGGGAACUUCAUCCAGAACCUGUCGGGCCACAACGCUAUUAUCAACACGCUGGCCGUUAGCUCUGACGGCGUCCUGGUGUCUGGAGCCGACAACGGAACCAUCCACAUGUGGGACUGGAGGACAGGCUACAACUUCCAGCGGAUUCAUGCAGCUGUGCAGCCUGGAUCUCUGGACAGCGAAUCUGGAAUCUUUGCCUGCAUGUUCGACCACUCAGAAAGCAGGCUGAUUACCGCGGAGGCAGACAAGACCAUUAAAGUUUACAAAGAAGACGACACUGCUACAGAAGAAAGCCAUCCAGUCAACUGGAAGCCAGAAAUCCUCAAGAGAAAAAGAUUCUAAUGAUUUUCCUUUUCCCUCAUGUCACAGUAAACAUUUUGGAAAUUAUUUCUACCAGACCUAUGGCUGUGGAUGCCUCCAUCAUGAUUUGCUUGUUAGUGCUGUUUUUGUCAGGCACAUGUCCGUGUACCUAACGCGUCUGUGACAGAAACAACCACAUCUUGAAAGAAACUCUGGUUCUUUGCUUUAUUCUAAAAACCAUUUUUAGUCUUCACUGUAAAAUGAUGCUUUUCCCUGCAGAGAGAAAGACACUGUAUCGAAGAAUUGUUUUGUACAGACAUGGAAACAAACAUUGCCCUUUUCUCUGGCUCGCAAUGUUCCGUUUUGUUUUGCUCCUUUUAAUAAACACCACAUUUUUCACAUA